AUGAUGUUGAUACUACGACAAUUUUUAAAAACAACAAAAUUUAUAAAAGGUUUUAGAUAUCAAUCUAGUAUAGCGUUACCAUUUUUAUAUAACCUCGAUCCAAAAUGUAGAUCGUGUGGGAUUAAAUUACAAGACACUGAUUCAUCAAAACCUGGGUUUUAUAUUAAAUCUUCAAAAGAACUACCUUCAAAGAAUAAAUUUGUGAAACAUGAAAAUCAAGUAUAUGAUUCAUUACUACAAAAUUUGGAUAAAGAAGAUCAAGAUUUAUUGAUAACGAACAAUUUUAAUGUUUCUAAAAAUAAUUCAACAUCACAAAUUCCUCUAAAUGAAAAAGGAGAAACAGUACGAGAAGUUAUUGCAAAUAAUUACAAAAUAAAUGAUUAUGAAAAGGGGAUUGAUUGUAUUAGAUGUAGAAAUAUUACUUUCAAUUCAAAUUUCGAAAUGAAUAAAGAAAAUUUCUUAAUAAAUGAUUUAUCAACAGUUUUAUCUAAAUUACCAUCAUCAGCUCCAUUAGUUUAUUUAUUUAAUUCUUUGGAUUUUCCAAUGGGUUUUAAUUCAGAUAUAUUAAAAUUUAGAGAACCUGAAGAUAUUUAUUUAAUAAUGACGAAAUUGGAUAAUUUGAUACAUAAACCAAAUAAUGCAAUAUAUAAUUAUACAAAGGAAUUUUUAAGUGAUUAUUUUUAUAAAAAAUAUAAAAUACCGUCUGAAAACAUAUUUUUAGCUUCAUGUAAAGAAAAUUGGAAAUUAAAAGAAUUAUAUCAUUUUUUACCAAAUGGAUCUUAUAUUAUUGGUAAUACAAAUUGUGGUAAAUCGACACUAAUAAAAUCAUUAUUACUUGAAGAGAGUUUAGAAUCUAAAAAAUCAAAUUUGAAUAUCAAAUUAUCCAAUGCAUUAAUUAAAAAUCCUAGAGAUAAAUAUAUUAAAUCAUUCAAUCAAAAAGUUGGACCUGGUGUAUCAUACUUACCUGGUUUCACUAGAGAUAUAAUUCCUAUAAAUAUUGGAUUGAAAACAUUAUAUGAUGUACCAGGUUUUAAAAAUUAUGAUAAUCAAAACAUGCAUAAUUUAUAUGAUUCAAUAAAAAAUUCAAAAGACAUAAAUAGAUUAAUAAAAGGUUCAAAGACUUUUAAAAAUGGAACUCAUAAAUCUAAAUAUAUAACAUACAAAGGACCACAAGUGCUUAAUUUUGAAGGAUUAGGUUAUUUGGAAUUACCCGAAGGUUCAAUGUAUCAAAUUAAAAAUAUAACAAAUAUUGAAAUUAAUAAUUUUAAAGAUAUAAAUAAAAUUAAAGAAAUUACAUGCAAAGAAAUUAUACCAAAAGAAUUAUCAAAUCAAUUUUUAAUAUUUGAAAACUUAAAUAAAUAUAAUAAAUAUUUAAUACCACCAUUUUAUGGAUCAAUUGAUUUAAUUUUUGAAAAUUUUGGAUAUAUAAAUAUAAAACCAGUUGGUUCAAAAUCAACAAAUAAAUUAAUGAAAUUAUAUUUAUAUCCUGGUUUAAAUUCAAUAAUUCGUCAACCAAUUAUAAAUUAUAUUAAUAAAUCAUUUAGUGGAGUUGAUAAAAAUGGUAAUAAAUUAAGAAAAGAGAAUUUAUUUACAAAAAGUACUUUUAGUUUGAAAAAGUAUAAUGGUAAAGCACCUUUUUCAAGUCAAUUAAUACCUGAUGAAAAUAAUGAAUAUGACGAAAUUAAUUCAAAUUUAACUCCUGAAGAAGAACGAGCAAGUAAAAAGUUGCAAGAAUAUACAAAAUUAAAUAGAUGGUUAAAAGAUGAAAAUAAACCUUAUUAUAAUGACGAUUACAAGAUUAAUGAUGAAAAUAAAUACGAAUUUUGGAAAGAAUAA